UCUGUACUCAUGUUGUACUGGCGGAUGAGUUUAAGGAGGUUUUUGAGUCUAUUCCAGACGGACUCCCUCCUGACCGCGCCGGGCCACACCAUCCCUGUGGAGCCUGGAAAGCUCCCACCGUUUCGACCUCUGUAUCGCCUCAGUCCAGCUGAGUACGAGGAGGCUAAACAACAGAUUGAGGAGUACCUCAGGAAGGGAUGGAUUGAGCCAAGCGCAUCACCAUAUGGAGCACCAAUCUUGUUCGUUAACAAGAAGGGUGGUGGCUUACGCAUGUGCGUCGACUACCGCGCCUUAAACAAGAUCACGAUCAAGAACAGAUAUCCUCUUCCAAGGAUAGAAGACCUGUUCGAUCGACUCCAGGGUGCUCAGUGGUUUAGCGCGUUGGAUCUGGCACAGGGGUACCACCAACUGCGCAUCACUGAGGAAGAUGUUCCCAAGACGGCGUUCGUUCGCCGUUUGGCCAUUUUCAAUGGCGAAAGUUGCGAGAACACAAGUUCUAUGCUCGUUUAUGGAAAUGCCAUUUCUACAAACGCGAGCUGGAAUACCUCGGUCAUCUUGUCGGGAAACGGACUUAAAGUCGACCCCAAGAAGGUGGUGGCUGUUCAGAAUUGGCCCGUCCCACAAGACGUGGGCCAGAUCAGGUCCUUCCUAGGCCUGGCCAAUUAUUUCCGCCGGUUCUUGGAAAAUUACUCAACUGUCGUUGCCCCUCUGACAGCACUCACCCGAAAGGGUAGUGCAUGGGAGUGGACUCGACAAUGCAAGAGGCAUUUGACAAAGAGGGCCGCCCAGUGGCAUUUGAGAGUAGGAAACUCCCCGGCAGAGCAGCGCUAUACGACGUCAGAACAAGAGUUGCUGGCGGUCGUGCAUGCGCUGCGAACAUGGCGAUGUUAUCUGGAAGGUGUGGAGUUUGUGGUCACGACAGACCACUGUCCGAACACCUAUUUCUCUACUCAAGCCACGCUCACUCGGCGCCAAGCCCGCUGGGCAGAACUCCUUAGUGGGUUCACAUUCGAUAUUCGAUAUCGUGCAGGUUCUACGAACAUGGCUGACCCCCUCAGCAGACAGCCGAUAGGGGCAGCGACUGGGCUUGAAGAAACCGAGGAUAAGGCAAUUGUGGUACCCCACGUGGGUAACCUGCGGAAUGAUAUAAUUGAGGAAGUGCAUAGCACCAAGUACGGGGGACACCUGGGUAUCAAGAAAACCCGGUGGGCCUUAAGUGACGUGUACUGGUGGCCUGGAUUGGGGACUGAGGUCCAACAAUUCGUGUCGCGUUGUGAUGCAUGCGCACGCAACAAGUCAGACACGAAAAAGCCUGGUGGUUUGCUUCAACCACUGGAGAUUCCAGACGAACCCUGGGAGAGUGUCUCACUGGAUUUCAUCACAGACCUCCCAAAAACACGAGACGGUCAUACUGCGAUCUUGGUCUUUGUGGAUCGACUGACCAAAAUGGUGCACUUCGUUGCUACUACAACAGACGUAUCUGCGGAAGAUACGGCCAAGUUGUUUGUAGCACACGUGUUCCGCUUACACGGGUUACCGCGUGUGCUGGUGUCCGAUCGAGAUCCGCGCUUUACAAGCCGGUUCUGGCACGAAGUUACACGGACACUCGGAACGAAGCUAAAGAUGUCGUCAGCCUUCCAUCCCCAAAUGGAUGGGCAGACAGAGCGGACGAAUCGUACUCUUGAGCAAAUGCUUCGUUCAUUCAUUGGCCCAACUCAGGAUAAUUGGGAUGACUUGUUACCUGUGGUUGAGUUCGCAGUGAACAAUUCCGUCCAUGAAGGUACCCAUGAAAAACCCUUCAUUCUGAACUGUGGUCGGCAUCCCACGACACCUUCUACGCAUGGGAUAGGCGGACUGCGAGUCCCUACCGCGAAAGACUUUAUGGGCAAGCAGCAAGAAGCGCUCAAGUCUGCUCGCCGCUGGCUGCAGCUGUCUCAGCAGCGACAAAAGUCUUAUGCCGACAUGAAACGCCGGGAAGUCUCUUUUGAGGUUGGAGACAAGGUAUUAUUGAGCACGAAGAACAUUCGUCUCAAAAUCCCUGGGGCACGAAAGCUGUUCCCUCGAUGGAUUGGGCCGUUCGAGGUGAUCCAGCGCGUUGGUGUGGUAGCUUACAAGUUGAAGUUACCCAAAACAUUGCAGAUUCACAAUGUCUUCCACGUGUCUCUGCUCAAUAAGUAUAUUUCUGAAGGCAA